CCGCCGCCACCCGCGCGGCAGCUGAGCCCCGCGGCCGACGGCCAGCCCUCGGGGGGCGGUCACAAGUCAGCGCCCAAGCAAGUCAAGCGGCAGCGCUCGGCCUCGCCCGAACUGAUGCGCUGCAAGCGGCGGCUCAACUUCAGCGGCUUCGGCUACAGCCUGCCGCAGCAGCAGCCGGCCGCCGUGGCGCGCCGCAACGAGCGCGAGCGCAACCGCGUCAAGCUGGUCAACCUGGGCUUCGCCACCCUGCGGGAGCACGUCCCCAACGGCGCGGCCAACAAGAAGAUGAGCAAGGUGGAGACGCUGCGCUCGGCGGUUGAGUACAUCCGCGCGCUGCAGCAGCUGCUGGACGAGCACGACGCCGUGAGCGCCGCCUUCCAGGCCGGCGUCCUGUCGCCCACCAUCUCCCCCAACUACUCCAAUGACAUGAACUCAAUGGCCGGCUCGCCGGUCUCCUCCUACUCCUCCGAUGAGGGGUCCUACGACCCGCUCAGUCCCGAGGAGCAAGAACUGCUCGACUUCACCAACUGGUUCUAAGGGGUUCGGCCUGGCCCGGCCCUGGUGCCACAGGACUUUGGAAGCAGGGUGAGCGAACCUGCAUCUUUGGUGUUUUCGCCUCAGCGACGUUGGGAGGGAGGAAAAGGGAAAAGCAAACAAAUAUAAAAGAUGGAGAAGAGAAACAGCAGCAGGAAACAGUCAACCAAUCCCAAUGGCACUAAGCAAGGAGAGCUGGAGUUGCCAGACUCUGAGGACAGAGAUGCGCUCAGAACAGCAUCUUUGCACUGCAAGCAUUCAUUCAUGGAGUAUUAGGAGUGACUAGGACCUGAGACAGCGCACACCCUGCCAUUUGUGUGUAAAACCAGUGGGCUCCCUGCAUAGGGAAAGGGGGCAGCAUAUGUCCUGCUGAAACUCCCACCCACCACUAACCCCCAUAACUGAAAGCACUUAGUUGGGGGUCUCCACCUCUCCCCCCACUCCUCUCUCAAAGCUCAGUUCUAGAAACGGGUUGGUGUUUCAUCCCAAUAAGCUGUGGACACCUGUCUACAGUGAAACUAUGUGGUACUCUCAGUCUUUUGAAAUCUUACUCCUCUUCCAGGACCCCAGGCCCAAGCCCUUCCUCACACCAUCUUUUCUAUCAUUUUCAUCAUAGAAUGCUUCCAAUCUUUUGUGAUUUUUUUUAUUAUAAGAGAAGUCUAUUUGUAUCUAUCCUAACCAGUUUGGGGAUAUAUUAAGAUAUUUUUGUACAUAAGAAAGAAAGAGAGAAAAAUUUAUAGAAGUUUUUGUACAAAUGGUUUAAAAUGUGUAUAUCUUGAUACUUUAACAUGUAAUGCUAUUACCUCUGCAUAUUUUAGAUGUGUAGUUCACUUUACACUGGCCCUUUUCCCCACGUGGUUUUGUAAAGACCUCUCCUCACAGGUGAGAUCCAAAGACCACCAGAUGUACUUCAGCACCGAUGUGUCUUACUUUAUAGAAACGUUGUUAAUGUAUUAAUGAUGUUAUUAAAUACUGUUCUAGAAGAACAAAGUUUAUGCAGCUACUGUCCAAACGCAAAGUGGCAGCCAGUUGGUUGUGAUGGGUUGCCUUUUGGGAAAUUUCUAUCACUGCUCUUUUUUUUCCAUUACUGUUUUAUUACAAACUUACACACACACAAAGUGUA